AGAAGCCGAAUAUUCACCAGAAGAGACGGACAGCAGCUCGCCAGCACGGACCGCUCCUUCCAACCCCUGGUUAUCCGAGGUUCUUCGUGAACAUCGGACUACACUCAGAGCGGCAGAGAGAAAAUGGCGCAAAUCAAACGAUCUGUCGGACCUCAAACGACAAACUGGAUGCUAAACAGUCAGGUUUCAGGAGGGGCCAUUCAACUGAGACUGCGCUUCUCUCGGUCACUGAAGCCCUGCGAAUUGCAAAAGCCCAUUCCAAAUCAUCAGUCCUCAUUCUGCUGGAUCUAUCUGCCGCUUUUGACACUGUCAAUCAUCAGAUACUCCUGUCCACCCUCUCAUCACUGGGCAUCACUGGCAUUCCACUUCGCUGGUUUGAAUCCUAUCUCACUGAUGAUCCAACGGUAGCUGCAAGGAUCUCAGGUUGCCUGGCGGACAUCUCGGCAUGGAUGAAAGAACAUCACCUGCAGCUCAACCUGGCAAAGACUGAGCUUCUUGUCCUCCCUGCCACUCCGACUCUACAGCAUGACUUCACGAUCCAGUUAGGUUCAUCAACAAUAACCCCAUCAACUUCGGUCAGAAAUCUUGGUGUAAUCUUUGAUGAUCAGCUGACCUUCAAAGACCACAUUGCAAAGACUGCUCGAUCUUGCAGGUUUGCACUAUAUAACAUCAGAAAGAUCAGGCCCUUUCUGACAGAGCAUGCUGCACAACUUCUUGUCCAGGCCCUUGUCAUUUCUAGGCUGGACUAUUGCAAUGCUCUUCUGGCUGGACUUCCGUCUAACACAGUCAAACCUCUACAAAUGAUUCAGAAUGCAGCGGCACGACUGGUCUUCAACGAGCCCAAAAGAGCCCAUGUUACACCUCUCUUUAUCUCCCUGCACUGGCUACCAGUCGCGGCUCGCAUCAAGUUCAAGACACUGAUGCUUGCAUAUAGAACAACCACUGGCUCAGCACCCGUUUACUUGCACUCUCUACUAACAAACUACAUCCCCUCCAGAAAUCUGAGAUCUGCUAGUGAGCGACGCCUCGUGGUACCAUCACAGAGAGGCUCAAAAUCACUCUCCAGAACAUUCUCGUUCACCAUUCCUGGCUCAUUUGAGCCCAUUUGUUGCUCUUGUUGUAUUUGA